AUGACGAACCCGCAGCUGUUUACGUUCGUGACUGAACUGGCCCCCAACCCUGACGCCCUCGUCGCCACAUGUCGCAAGGUACUCCGUCGCUUCCAUUUGAGCGACGAUUCUGUGAUUCUACACUUGCCUUUUCUAUGCAGCAGUAGCAGUGCAGAGAACGUAUGCGCCACUCUCCCAGUAGAGCUCCUGGCAUUACAGAAGACGGCAUUGAUCGAGAUCCACAGUCCAGGAGCUCGGAAUGCGCUGAGUGGUAAGAUGAUGGCAGAGCUGGCGGACAUUGUGGACAUGUUGGAGAGCUCUGAAGUGCAAAGCAAGCUGAAUACAGUGGUGAUCCGGGGAACGAACGGCUGGUUCUGUGCCGGAGCAGACUUGAAAGUCGCCCAGCAAGAGCUGACGUCGCCGGAAGCUGGAGCUGCAAUGGGUCAGUUGAUGACGGACACGCUCAUGAGGUUCCGACGGCUGCCGCUCGUCAGCAUUGCGUGCAUUGAAGGUGGCGCGUACGGUGGAGGCGCUGAACUCGCGUGUGCGUGUGAUUUCCGCAUGCUUGAGACACAAGCAGUGAUCCAGUUUGUGCAGGCGCGCAUUGGCGUAUCGCCCGCGUGGGGUGGUGGCGUGUGGCUGUACAAACUCGUUGGACGCCAAGCUACGUUGAGAUUGUUGUGUACGGCUGAAAAGGUGUCGGCGCAACGCGCGCUGGAGCUCAGGCUUGUAGACUCUGUUUUCGAUGCGGCUCCAGAUGAAGCUGGUGCAUUCAUACGUACAUUCGUAAAGCCGUUUGACGUCUUCACACCAGCGGUUUCACACGGUGCGAAACGAGUCAUAAACAAUGUCGACGACGUGAGUUUGGAUGCAGCGCUUUCGCGCGAACACGACGUAUUCAAGUCUUUCUGGGGUGGUCCAGCCAACCUUGAAGCCCUACGCGGUGCUUUGAAGGGCAAGGAAACGUAA